AUGACCUCCCGCACCGCUUCAACUGAAGUGCUGAGCGACAGUGAAUUUGUUGAUGCCCAUAACGACGACAACCCCAUCAACGAAAACUCCAAUAAACCCAAAUCUAUACACGACUACCUACAAGACAUACAAACACUUACACACAAAAUCACUACCACAAUCAACGCUGGGAAGAGUGUAACUGCCGAAAAUAAGAAGGCUAUAGUACAGUACGCUGCGGACAUCAAAGGUAUCGCAAAACAAAUACAUACACUUGACGAAGCCAACACAACCCUUACAAACAUCAAAGAGGACAUAAAAGUUACCAUUAGGGAGGAGAUUUCCAAAGCCAAGUUGAAUACAAAUUCAGACCCAGACACUAAACCCUCCACUAAUACCAGAAAGUCCUACGCUGCUGUGGCAAAAAUCCAAAACAGUAACAACAACAAGGGGAAAAAACCGAUUCCAAAACCUGUAACUAAACCCGCACUCAUCGUCGCCUCCUCUGACGCUGAAACAACAUCUAAAGACGUACUGAUAAACGUCAGGAAAGAGAUAACCUUCAGGGGAACUGGCUACGCCCCCGCCACAAUAAACACCGUGACCAAUAACAAGGUUCGCAUAGAGUUCGACACCCUACAACAAAGAGACGAGACACUCCACAAGAUAAACACCACCAAUAAUCUAACAGCGGAACCUGUCCGAAGGCUAAAGCCUAUGGUUAUACUCAAGGGCAUCUCUCGUGAAAUAAACCCCACAGAACUCAUCGACAUCAUUUUGGGACAGAACCCCACUAUCUCCAACGUCUGCAAUACACCAAAGACUGAAAUCAACAUCAGAUUCAUCCGCGACAACAAAAACAGCAAGCUAUAUAACGCCGCCCUUAUCACCACCCCACAUAUCUGGCAGGCCCUGAUAGCACUAGAAAGAGUCAACAUCGAAUAUCAAAGAGUACACCUCGAGAACCUAUCUCCUUUCACCCAGUGCUUUGCUUGCCUGCAGUUCGGGCACACACAGAGUAGGUGCACGGCGCAAAAAACACCCUGCCGCUUCUGCGCCUCAGAGGAACAUCAAUCUAAAGAUUGCCCAAACAAACAGAACCCAACAGCAGCUAAGUGUCAUAACUGCCACAGUAACAACAACAAGUACAAACAAAACACUGACACUGCGCACUUUGCUACAUCAAACCAGUGCCCAGUAGUCAAAAAACUCCGAAACGAAAUACUGGCCAGGCGGUGUCACCUCGAGCUUCUGCAACUUCUCGACAAGCAAGAGUGUGACAUCGCUCUUAUCAGUGAGCCGUACCUGGGUAAGGGCAAUACCAUUAAGCCCAUACCAGGUUAUGACAUACACCAAUACACAGACGGUAAUCCAGUCAAAGCCAUCAUCAUAGUAAAUAAGAAACUUGGAUCGGCAAUCGGGCUCGGUGAAUUUUCAACAACAAAUCUCUCCACCAUACAACUCAGGACCAGUGGACAGACCAUUAACAUCUCUAGCGUCUACAUCGAGCCCGACCAUGAUCAGAACGGAACCUUGCACAGACUACACCAUUGUAUUAACAACACACGUGACUCCCGACACAUAGUGGGAGGUGACUUUAACGGCUGGCACCAACUAUGGGGCUCCUCAAGAGCCAACAGGCGAGGAAAUACAGUUCAUGAUCUGAUCAUUUCUAGCGAUCUUAAUAUAUGCAACACUGGAAAUACACCCACGUUCACCACUGUAACCCAUGGAACGCAAAGAAAUUCCUACAUAGACCUAACCCUCGCAUCUGACAACAUUGUUAAUAAAAUAAAUAACUGGCGUGUCUACCCACAUGAACUCCCAUCAACGCAACACCAGCUUAUAAAAUUUGACAUAGUACUACAGGAACCAUUAACUAAGGAAAAAUCCCAGACAACAUAUAAAUACAACACCAAAGAAACAAACUGGGAAGCAUUCACACAACGACUAACCACUAAUAUGGAAAACUCACAAAUGGACGAUGCGGCAACAAUCAUGACUUUCAACAACGAACAACUAGACAAGCACAUCGAAAAACUCACUAAACUAAUACAAAACACCUGUGACCAACAUUUUACAAAAAAGCGCAGGAUACACCGCUCUGCCGCACCCUGGUGGAAUGACGAGCUCGAUGAUCUAAAGAAAAAACUUAUCAAACUACACCACCAAAUAAGCGACCGCAAACGCAAAGGACUACCAAUUGAAGAGCAAAUCACUGAAAGAGACAACACUACCAAUGAUUACUCCACUGCAAUCAGGAGAGAAUCUACGGCACACUUCAAACAAUUCUGCAACAGGCAGGAUAAGGAAGAUGUCUGGUCUCUGACCAACCGACUACUAAAGUGCGCACCACCUCCAAAACCACCCACAACCCUACAUAUUAAUGGUAAACAUACCAGAAAUGCCCACGAAACGGCCACCGCUCUCCUACAUAAAUUCUUCCCCGACGACACAGAAGACAACACGGCUCAAACUGACAUCAGAAUGUCCUCCCACAACAUACCAAAUACACCAAAUGACCCUGAAUUUACAAAGGACGAAGUCAUAGAUUGCCUUAAAUCAAUGAAUCCGAAUAGGGCACCCGGCAUGGACCAUUUAACAUCCGAUAUCUGCCUAGCCACCGCAAAUACUUUCCCACUGGUCAUAACCAACAUUAUGAACAGAUGCCUCGAACUCAAGCACUUUCCAUCCACAUGGAAAACGGCAUUUGUAAAAAUACUGCCCAAACCACACAAGCCCGACUACACUGACACUGCAGCAUACCGACCAAUCGGACUGAUAAACGUCUUUGGUAAAGCUCUAGAGAAACUUCUCGCCAAACGCAUCACCUACCAUAUGGGCAUCACCAACACAUCCAACCCACAACAAUAUGGAUUCAAAGAACAAAAGUCCACAACAGAGGCACUACACACUGCAAUCACAAACAUUAAAACAGCAAAAAAAUCCGGGAAAUUGGUACUCGCUGUGUCCUUAGACAUACAGGCCGCAUUUGAUAACGCCUGGUGGCCUGCACUCAUCAAACGACUGCAUGACAUUGGAUGCCCAAACAACAUUUUCCACAUUAUCAAAAGCUACAUCCAAAACCGCAAAGUGCAAAUGCAUUAUGCGGACACUACAGUCACCAAAACUAUGACACGAGGAUGCAUACAGGGCUCGGUCCUCGGCCCAUUAUUUUGGAACUUGAUUCUGGAUGACCUACUCGACAUGAAAUUACCCCCUGGCUGCCACUUACAAGCCUUUGCCGAUGACGUACUCCUCAUAGCAAGCAGCGAUACCUACACUAAACUAGAAACCAUUACAAACACUGCGCUCGAUCAAAUCGUCACAUGGGGCCAAACAGUUAAACUGCGCUUUGGACCUUCAAAGACUCAAAUGGUACACUUUUCACCAAAGGCAAAAAAUGCAAAAAUACAAAUGGAUAAACAAGAAAUAAAAUUCCAAGACGACUUUAAACUCCUUGGAGUCACCAUCGACAAGAAUUUACGGUUCAUUAAGCACACACAACAAGUCAUCCUCAAGGCCCACAAGAUAUUCAGCAACCUGUGCAAAUACAUCCGCCCCACUUGGGGCAUUCACGCUGAAAAUGUAAGGAUUAUAUACAAACAGGUUAUACAACCGAUCGUUACAUACGCUGCGGGCAUAUGGCACACAGCUCUCAAGUACAAAAACGUCAGAGAUAAGCUCAAUUCCUUCCAGAGAGGUUUCGCCGUAAAGGCGACCAGGGGCUUCCGUACAGUCUCUGCAACAGCGGCAAUCGCACUCGCUUCAUUCGCCCCUCUACAUCUCAAGAUAAAAGAGGUUGCCGCUAUAGAAACUGCCAAGCUCACAGGCACUGCUCCACAUCUACCGGAAGACGUCACGCUGGAGCGCUCCGCCAAGCCACACACCCUGCUGCACCCCUCUGAGAGGCGACCCAUCGAGGUGCACUCCGCCUCCUCCGAGGAACUAGUAUCGAAAUACUGCACUGAUGGGAUAACAACCCAAAUAUAUACCGACGGAAGUAAACAGGACGACAAAGUGGGUGCAGCCUUCGUGGCGCACAGUCCUAAUGGUAAAACAACCACUCGACUGUUUAAACUGCACGAUGUGUGCUCUGUCUUCCAAGCUGAGCUGCUUGCCAUCACACAGGCCUGCCUAUGGAUACACUCCAACAACAUACAGGACGCCACGAUAUACACAGACUCCAUGAGCGCCACCCGUGAGAUAGCCAACAUGAACAGCACAAACCAUUUUGUUGUUAAAAUACAUCAGAUACACAACGACAUAACCAAGAAAGGCGGGCUAAUCCAAUUCGUUUGGGUCAAAGCGCACAUCGGCAUUCAGGGAAAUGAGGAGGCGGAUGUGGCCGCCAAGGCUGCUGCCCACUCCCACCGGGCCUACCAACAUACGCAGUUCCCACUAAGCCACAUCAAAUAUCAUAUCAGACAAGAAAAUUACCUCAAUAGCAACGAACUUUACCUAGCCAGCGAAACUGCUCAACACACUAAGAAAUUACUGCCUAGCCUCGACGUCAUUAAUAAGCUAAGAGAGAACAUAGAGAUUGACUUCUCGUGGAC